UCGCAGCGGAGUGGCUCAUCUUCUUCUCACACUACCUGCGGCGCCUCUUUAGCCGCGCUCUGGCGUCCUUGGGAGACGCUGUCCUUGUUAAACUUUAACCGGAGAGGACCGGGGGUGUUUUCUCCUCCCGCUCCGCUGGCAGCAUCCCCGCAGGAGGAGCAGCGAGGAGCAGGGAGGAUCAGGGAGGAGCCGGAAGGAGCAGCAGCAGCAGGAGGAGGAGGGAGUGCGGUCUGAGGAGUGAAGACAUCAGUCUCAAUAAACGAUGGCAAGGACUGAGUGGAGAGGAUAAAACCCACAUACACACACCUGAACACACACUCUCUGCCUCCUGCGAUGGACCAAGAAGCAGCAGCUGCAGCAGCAGCUCGGGAGGACGCCGAGUCGCCGCUCAUGUACAGGAUAGAGCGGCCCGUGUACGACGAAGCCUUCAUCCGGACGUCUCUUCUGAAGCGUAAAGAAAAGUCCUCCACCGUCCGACAGCGGCUGGCCGAAAAGAUCCAGUGUUCGUCGCAGAGAGCCAAGGCGCUGGCUCUGAGCUUUCUGCCCAUCCUCACGUGGCUGCCGAACUACCCGGUCAAGCAGUACCUCUUCUCGGACGUGGUGUCGGGCCUCAGCACCAGCGUGGUGCAGCUCCCUCAGGGGCUGGCCUACGCCAUGCUGGCCGCCGUGCCUCCAGUCUACGGCCUGUACUCGUCUUUCUACCCCGUCCUGCUCUACACCUUCUUUGGCACUUCCAGGCACAUUUCAAUCGGCACCUUUGCGGUCAUCAGCCUGAUGAUCGGCGGCGUGGUUGUGAGGGAGGCCCCGGACUCCAUGUUUUACGUCCUGCCUGUCAACGGGUCCAACGCGUCCCUGGUGCUGAACGUGGAGGAACGUGACGCCCGCAGGGUGCAGGUGGCGGUGGUGCUCACCACGCUGGUGGGAUUCAUUCAGAUCGUCCUGGGCCUCCUCAGGUUCGGCUUCGUGGCGAUCUACCUCACCGAGCCUCUGGUGCGAGGCUUCACCACGGCGGCCGCCGUGCACGUGGUCAUCUCCCAGCUGAAGUACCUGCUGGGGGUGAAAACGCAGCGCUUCUCCGGACCGCUCUCCGCCAUCUACAGCGUCCAAGCCGUCCUCAGCGACAUCGCCAGCACCAACGUCACCACGCUGCUCCUCGGCCUGGCGUGCCUCGUCUUCCUGUACGGCGUCAAGGACGUCAACGAACGCUUCAAGAAGAAGCUGCCCAUCCCCAUUCCCGGGGAGAUCAUCAUCGUGAUCGUGUCCACCGGCGUCUCGUACGGUUUGUCCCUCUCGGACGGCUACCGGGUGGACGUGGUGGGGAAGAUACCAACAGGGCUCCUGCCCCCCUCCGCCCCUCACUUCUCCCUCCUGCCCAGCCUGGUGACGGACGCCUUCGCCGUGGCCAUCGUGGGGUUUUCCAUGGGCAUCUCGCUCGCCAAGAUCUUCGCCCUGAAGCACGGCUACAGCGUGGACGGCAACCAGGAGCUGAUCGCGCUCGGCCUCUGUAACUUCAUCAGCUCCUUCUUCCAAACCUUCGCCAUCACGUGCUCCAUGUCCAGGAGUCUGGUGCAGGAGAGCACCGGAGGGAAAACGCAGAUCGCCGGCCUGCUGGCGUCGCUCAUGGUGCUGCUGGUGGUCGUGGCCAUCGGGUUCGUCUUCCAGCCGCUCCCCCAGACCGCGCUGGCCGCCAUCAUCAUGGUGAACCUGCUGGGCAUGUUCAAGCAGUUCCGAGAUAUCCCCAGUCUCUGGAGGACGAGCAAGAUCGAACUGGCGAUCUGGCUGGUGGCCUUCGUGGCCUCGGUGCUGUUGGGUCUGGAUUACGGCCUCCUGGUGGCCAUCGCGUUCGCCAUCCUCACCGUGAUCUACAGGACUCAGAGCCCUAAAAGUUCCGUCCUGGGCCACGUCCCCCACACGGGCCUGUACUGUGACGUGGACGAGUACGAGGAGGCAGCCGAGUACGAGGGGAUUAAGAUUUUCCACUGCAACGCCUCAAUCUACUUUGCGAACUGCGACCUCUACGUGAACGCCCUCAAGGAGAAGACAGGAGUGGACCCCGCCUGCAUGAACGCCGCCGGCAAAUCUCCCCCGAAGCCGAAGGGCAAGACAAGCAGUAACCACUCCUCCCCGAUGAGGAUCUGUGCCAAAUAUCAGGACGAGGCGGUGACCCACGAGGUUCUGCGUCAGAACGGCGGCCCGGCGGAGUCCAACCCCGAGGAGGCCGUCUUCCUGCAGCAGCAGCAGCAGCGCGCCGCCGUCCACUCGCUGGUCCUGGACUGGACGCCCGUCUGCUUCAUCGACUCCGUGGGAGCCAAAGCCAUCAAGCAGGUCAUCAAGGAGUACGCGGCGGUGGAGGUCGGGGUGGUCAUCGCAGGCUGCAGCAGAACCCUGCUGUCGGAGCUGGACGCGCUGCAGUUCUUCGGUGGGAACGUGGGCGCCGAGACGCUGUUCCCCACCGUGCACGACGCCGUGCUGCACUGUCUGCACCGCGGCCGCCAGAGAGCCGCCGCCGCCGCGCCCUGAAGCACUCCAAAGACCGGAACCACUCAUGUGCCCAAAGCAGCGACGGUGAAGAAUUCCAGUGGACAUUCCCACGGCCUUGUUCCUCCACGCUGCACUUUCCUCCUCCUGCUGCAGCUCGCCGGGCCUGAGCCGGCGCUGAUCAGAAUGUUAACUUUCCCUCAGUUUGUGUUAAACAGGUCAGGAUGCUGGUUACUGUACGUUUGCACUGCCGUUUCAGACACUUGGUGUAGUUGUGCUGUUCUUUUUCUAGGAACACCAGGUGCCUUUUCAUGACGCUCAGACACUCAGAUGUGGAAUAAAGUUUAUUUUUAAGUGAACAAAUCGAUUCGA